AUGGCCGUCUCUCUCGCGUCAACCCUAAAAGCCUCCCAGCUCUCUCUCUCAGAGCCUCGCUGGCUCCCCACAACACAAAGGCCGCGACCCAGGAUCGCCAUCUCAUGUAGAUCAUCAUCGUCGUCAGCGACCAAGUCGGUGCGUGGAAACGGCUCCAACUACUACGAGCUGCUUUCCCUGAACCCUAACAACACGAGCGCUGACGACGUCAAGAAAGCGUACAGAUCACUGGCGCUCCGAUAUCACCCGGACGCAUGCCGCGACCCGUCAAUGAAAGAAGAGUCGACGAGGAUGUUCCUCCUGCUUCACGAGGCCUACGAGACGCUGUCUGACCCCACGUCACGCCAAGAGUAUAACUACGAACUGGGCCUGAACUCGACUGUAUCUUGGAGAUCGCCAUGCAGCGUCGUCGAUGGUAACAAUAAAUUCACGAGCGAUGAUCUGGAAAUGAUGAGGAGUAGGUGGCAGGAUCAGAUCGUCGAGCUGAAGAGGAGGUCAAACAAUCGGAUGGCUCAGAAGAACGGGUCGUGGGCGGCGCGAAAACGAGCUCAGAACCUCCGGAGAGACUGA